AUGCAGCAGCUCAUGCCUAUUGGUUUGAGGGGUCUUCUUCCAGAUGAUAUCACAGCUGUAAUAUUUGAGUUGUCUGCUUAUUUUCGAGGGAUAUGUUCUAAAGUGCUUCAUGUUAACGAGUUGGACCAUAUGGAAAAAUCAAUUGGGAUUACUCCAUGCAAAAUGGAGAUGAUCUUUCCACCAGGGUUUUUCACGGUUAUGGUUCAUUUAGUAGUCCAUCUAGCAACUGAAUGUAAGCUUGGUGGACCAGUUAACUAUAGAUGGAUGUAUUUUAUUGAGAGGUACCUAGGAAAAUUGAAAUCAUAUGUUCGGAACAAAGCAUAUCCAGAAGCUUCAAUAGCAAAUUCAUUCUUGGCAGAUGAGUGUAUGGUGUUUUGUUCUAGGUACAUAGAAGGUUUCGCUACCAAGCAUAAUAAACCAUCAAGGAACGAUGAUAGUUUGGACCAUACCCAAUCGAAGAUGGUUGGACAAGAUUCAUCUUUAUUCCCUUCAGUAGGGAAAUCAUUGGGAAAACCAGCCAAUUUUGAAUUAAGUCAUCUAGAGAAAUUGCAAGCGCAUAGAUAUGUGUUGUACAAUUGUGAUGUUGUUAAUCCAUAUCUAAAGGAACAUGCUUCUAAUCUGAAACGAAAGAGACGCGACCGUCGCCUAACUCCUAAAGAUAUUGAGCAGAUACAUAAUAAAGAAUUUCUAGAAUGGUUUAGACAACAUAUCUUGCAUUUAGAAGAAAAAAAUGGAUCCGACAGCAUUAACGAAGACAUUAGAUGGUUGGCACGAGGUCCAUUGGAGUUUGCAAGAAGACAUAGAGCAUAUAACAUAUGUGGGUUCAGAUUUAGGGCCAAAAGGAUUCUUGAUAUCAUAGAGAUCGAUUAUUAUGGAAGAUUUUCAGUGAGGUGA